GGGAGGCGGCACGGGUGCUGUUUCUCCAGUCUCUUUCCCCUGUCUUUGUCUCACACUCUUUUGUUAGCCAUGCCUAGCCUGCUGGUUCUAGCAGGGAUCAUGGAGAAAAAUGGGGGCUACGGCGGGGAUCUCGCCGGCUCCGGGUACGGAAGCGAAGGUCUCCUAGUGCCACCGGACGAGGAAGAAGACGACUCCCGUGCCCUGAGGGUCGCGCUGGGCCAGCUGUCUCUACUGGGGCUUGGUGAAGGCGAGGACGGUGGUGGGGCUCCUGGAACGGGAGUACAGGAUCGGAGUAACAAUAACAAUAACCAUCACAACCAUACCAAUAAUAUUGGCGGAGGUAUUGGUGACACAGGGCUUUUGCAAGGGAAGAACAAGUUAUGUGUCCUGUACGAGGGUUCUUCAAGUGAGACGAAAGGACGAGGCUGCAACAUAACAGAAUGCGUCCCCGUGCCCAGCUCAGAACAUGUGGCCGAAAUAGUGGGGCGACAAGGUUGCAAGAUCAAAGCCUUGCGGGCCAAGACCAACACCUACAUCAAGACUCCCGUGAGGGGCGAGGAGCCUGUGUUUCUCAUCACGGGCCGAAAGGAGGAUGUGGCCCUGGCCCGGCGCGAGAUCAUCUCUGCCGCCGAGCACUUCUCCAUGCUCCGAGCUUCCCGCAACAAGCUGGGUGUGUCCUUCAGCGGUUCCCCGCCUGCGCCCCUACCGGGCCAGACCACCAUCCAGGUGAGGGUGCCCUACCGUGUGGUGGGGCUGGUGGUGGGGCCCAAGGGUUCCACCAUCAAACGUAUCCAACAGCAAACCUGCACCUACAUCGUCACCCCUAGCCGAGACCGUGACCCCGUCUUCGAGAUCACGGGAUCACCUAGCAACGCCGAGAGGGCCCGUGAGGAGAUCGAGGCGCACAUCGCAUUCCGAACGGGAGGUCUGCAUGACCACAACAACGAGAAUGACUGCUUGGGGCCGGAUGGCGGCAGCCCAGUAGGCUCCGGGGGUCUGGAGAGCCGCCUGCAGCAGGUGUGGGGUCUGCAGGGGGGCCAGCGCAAGCCGUUGACCAGCAGCUUCCGCCAGAACUUCUCUGAUGCCAUGGUUGGAGGAGAAGGAGGUGGCAUAAUCUACAGCAAGGGCAACUUCAACAGCCCUGGAGAGAAGCCCUGUUCCUACUUUGGCUCAGAGGGCACCCAGAGUUGGGGAGACCCAGACUACCCAAAACAGGUGGCCUUCUAUGCCCAGCAGCGCUCCAAGAGCUUUGGAGGCCUGCCCCUGCCCCUGACCAGACUCUCUCCAGGCCUUCCUGACCCCUGUGGAGGGAACAACGGCAACUCCUCGGGCACUAGCAUCACUAUUCUGUCUGGCUCUCCUCAUGCCCAGGCCCGCCGUGCCCAUAGCGAGCCAACCUCGGGCGCGGGGUUCCCUGGACGCCUCCCUGUACCGGACUCGCCACCAGCCAUCCUCCGGGACUGCAUGACCUGCUUCGAGAGCAAAGUGACGGCCGCCCUGGUGCCCUGCGGCCACAACCUCUUCUGCAUGGAGUGUGCCAUCCGCAUCUGUGAGCUCAACCAUCCAGAGUGCCCGGUGUGCCACACCCUGGUCUCUCAGGCUAUCCGAAUAUUCUCCUAAAAAACACCACGUCAGUUUUUAACAUUCGUUUUAUCACAGUGUUUGUUCUACAAUUAUUUACUAUUAUUAUUAUUAUUAUUAUCAUUAUUAUUAUUAUACUUUUCUUUUCUCAGAAAAUGUUUUUUAAAAAAACAAGCAGAUAUUUUAGAAGGCACUGCUUGCUUUACUAAAAAGUAUAAGAAAUAUUUUGAAUUUUUUCUUUUAUAUAUAUACAUAUAUAUUUUAUAAAAGUUUUGUUUAUAAGAAAAGUAUAGUACCUAGCAUUUUUUCAGUUUUUUUACUGCUGCUGUUUUUCAUUCACGAAUCACAGUAUGGGCGGAGUAGUAGGAACGUGAACAUUUUACGAUUCAGAUUUAUUUUACCAUGAAGUGGUUUUAUAUGGAGAAAAGGAAAGAGGUGAUAAUUGAGGUUCAGUUUAACUCCCUGGUAUCUUAUCUGUACCUGAAUGAUAUGGGAAGUCAAAAUCAAACAGAAGGAAAAAGAUUGAAUCUUUCAUUGCACCUUAUAAUCGUCUUAGUUUCGGAUAGUCAGAGUAAUGAUUGUCAAUCAUCCAGAAAAAUGACGUAGCUGAUGAAAAGGCAAAUCCCUCAAUGUGGCUCAAAAAAAUGGAACAAGCUUUGAUAUUGUCAUUGAAAGUCUACAUUUGUUCCAAUCGAAGGACAGACUAUUCCAUCAUUGUCAUCUUUCUGACAUUUGUGUCCCAAGCUUGUUGUUAUACCUGGUAGUCCUCCCUAAACACCUGUUAGAAUGGUAACAAUAUGGGACCGAAUAGCAGACAAACGCCUUUCUUUAUGCAGAUAUGUCUUACAGAUUUCCUUUUUCACAAAGAGGUGAAUGAAUGAAUGCUACACAUUGUAUUGCUGAAAUAUCACUACAGUUUGGUGAAAAGUUUCAGCGAUGCCUGUUCCUCGUGGCACUUGAAAAGCAUGUUUCUUUCGCCGGUGUUAAGCACUGAUUUCAUUUGUGAGGUCAAAAGCCUUGGAAUUCGUCCAGUUGGCUAAUUUGGGAGAUCCGUCUCCCCGACGGACUAGUUUCAAAGCCAACUUAUACCCACUUUAUUGUCUUAUGUGGUAAUUUAGCUGUUAUCUGAACGAUGUAGGACAAAAACGAGAGCCACUUUUGACAGGCAUCUCUCUGAGGUUUGCGCAGUUAGAGCGUCAGCCAUUAGAGUGGACAGAAGCUGAGGAAAACACUGAGCUGUUCUCUGAAUUGGUAAUAGAGUGUGCCUAAAUGGGCAAAAAGCUCCUAGAAUACAGUACCACCAUCCACAGAGCUCCCUCGCCACCCCCGUCCAGCAGCUUUGUAUUUUAGCUCAGAGGCCUCUAAUUAUCAGAGCUGUGCAGAAGCAGGUGUUUUUCUAUCUUUUUUGGGAGUGGCUUACCCCCCCGCUUACUGUUCGAUCGUUGGGCCCGGAGUGCUCGGACACGGCCCGGAGAGACUCAUUGAUAAUUAGGCAAAUUGGCCGGUCCAGGUGCGGACCGUGUGGCGACCCUGGUGCUGAAUGGGGGGGUGAGACAGAGUCCCGGCGUGGGCUGCUGACCACCCCACCCCUCUGUCACAGGCACAGAAGGUCCAGUCUGGGUGCAGCUGGGCAAAUGGGACCCCUCCUUCCAUAUCCCCCUCCCUCUUUCCUUCUCUGCUGCUCUGAGAUAUCCCUACUGGGGAGAGGGGCCUCCUUUGUCCCAACACUCAGGAAAAAAGCAGCAUAUGAAAGAAAGAGACCAACUGAACAGGCUGCCAGCUCUGAAAUGAGAGUGAGGGGACUUUGGAGAAAGAAAGGAUAUCUACAGUGUCAGUAGAUUCAGUAAUUACCUAGUGUACAAUUCUGACACAGAGAUCCAAUUCUUUGAAAUGCCCCACUGAACUAGAUGUCUCCAUGUGUUCUCAAUAACAUAAGGGUAUGAACACAUGCAGACAUAUAUCAUUUAAGAGUACGAGGAGUCUGAUCACUUGGAGUUCAUCGCCCCCCCAAUUUGGAUGGAGGCCUUUGUGACAGAGAGCGAGUGCAGAUCGAAGUUUCCAUAGAGAG